GUUUAUUUGAGUAUUUUGUUGUCGAUUUUGUGCCAUCUGUGCGUGUAUUCGUCUCGGUGAGUACCUGGUUUCAGGUAUGUAUUUUUCCGUUUGCUUCAGUAUCACAUUUUUUAUAUAUCGUUUGGUUCAAAUUUUUUCUUUCCUUCAGCAUUUGGUUUUUUGUGUUGAUUUCUUCUUUUUUUUUUUUUCUUUUUCUUAGGAUUUUUAUAAGUUUCUCGUUGUGGAUUUGUGCUUCUUUGUGGUGUUUUCGUAUCGGUGAGUACCCGGUUUCUGGGUUUAUUUUUUUUAUUUUUUUAAUGUAUAUUGAUUGUUAAUUUUGAUUUGUAUUUUAUAUUUUGAUUUGAUCGUGGGUGGUUGUUUUUUAAUCUGUGUUAAUGGUGGUUUUUAUUUUUGGUGCACGAUUUUAUCGUUAGUUUUUUAGUGGGGUUUUUGUCAGUUUUUUAUCAGUUUAUUUUUUGGGAAGUUUAUGGGUAGUUAUUUGUAAUUUGUGCUCUAUAUAUAUGUUUAUCUGUUAUUCUUUUUUCAUUUGUGUUGUUUGUUUUUUUUAUGCAGUGCAUUGUAUAUUUCUCUUGCUCGAAUUUGUGUGAUGGAUCACUUUGGUGAAUGCGGUGGUGUUUCUGGUUCUGAGAAGAAAAUUUCUGGUAUAGUAGAGGAUGAAUCGAAGAAUGUAGGGGAUGAUAUUGGCGAGAUUCUUCCUCGAAGGAGUAACAUUACACAUUUGAAAUCUGUUGCAAGGAAGAAGAGUAAAUCCCCUUCCUCUGUUGCAAGGAAGACAAGAAAAUCGCCUUCCACUGUUAAACAGACGAAGGAUUCGUGUGCAUCUGGUAGUAAGGAUGCUGGAGAUGAUUCUCAUGAGACUAAACAUGUUGUGUUGACUAUCCUGAAUGUCUAUCCGUCUUUUGAGGAGAGAAAGAAACUGGCAGUAAAGAAGUUUAAGUUUGAGCCUCUGUACUUGCCGAAGGUGUGUGCUGAAGAUGGAGACAGUAGUCCGGGUACCCAGGUACUGGUUAGUUUUGUUGUUUGUUUUAGUUAAAAAAAAAUAUUAUUUUGUUUUGAAAUUUAUAGGUUUCUUUUUAUGUUUUUUUUUUUUUUGUUGUUUUGUAAAGUAUUUUAUUUUGUUUUUUUAGGUUGAUAGUGAAAAGUUAAGAUUGAUUUGUGAAUCAAUCUCAUCAAUAAAAGCAUGCCAAGAAACUAUUAUUAGUGACAUUGCAGUUAUGAGAUCUGAGUUCAUGGGGAAACUCAGUGAUUUAUCUGCAAUGAUUGCAAAAUUUGUUGCAAAAAAUUCUGAAAAAGUUGCAAAUACAAGUGAUGAAAGUGCUGGUUUUAAUGAAGGGGAAAAGCCAGCUGAUUGUGAUAAUGUUUCCAGUCCUAUUUCUGAUGAUUCUAAGGUAACUUGUUUGUUUUUAUGCUUUAUUGUUUUUUUAACCAUUUUUAGUUGUAACCAGAUUGUUUUUUUGGCUAGGAUUGUGGAAAUGAUUCAGCUGAAGAGUCUGAUGGUAGUAAGGUAACUAGUUUAUGUUUCUUAAUAGUAUGUUGUGUUUUUGUAGUUGUUUAGUGUAACCAGUUACUGUUGUAACCAGUUUCAUUUUUUCUUUUAGGGUGUUGAGAAGGAUUUAAAUGAAAAUUUUGAUGAUGUUUAUUCUGGGUUGGAUUUGUCAAAUAUUGUGUGUGGAGAUAAGGUUUUGUAAUUUAUUUUUGUUUUUGUUUCUUGUAUUAUUUUAUUUAAAAUUGAAUUUGUUGUAAUUGAUUUUAUUUUUAUUCAUUAUAGGAUUUUACAAAGAAGCCUGAGUUCA